UAUCCAGUAACUGCCCAGCCAAAAUACAUAUUUGACUCACUACAGACUAAGCGAGCUCGCACUCCAGCUUGGCGUUCAGUGUGGUUCAGACGCUCCGAUCGCUUCAUUCGGUUUCUUUUGUUUUUGGUUCGCGCAGAGACCCCCGACACUAACCAGCCAUGGAUGCCAUCAAGAAGAAGAUGCAGAUGCUUAAGCUCGACAAGGAAAACGCCUUGGACAGAGCUGAGCAGGCCGAGUCAGACAAGAAAGCAUCUGAGGACAGAAGCAAACAGCUUGAGGAUGACCUGGUAGCACUGCAGAAGAAGCUAAAGGCAACUGAGGAUGAAUUGGACAAAUACUCUGAAGCCCUGAAGGAGGCCCAGGAGAAACUGGAGCUCGCAGAGAAGAAAGCCACAGAUGCUGAGGGUGAUGUAGCUUCCUUGAACAGACGUAUCCAGCUGGUUGAGGAGGAGCUGGACCGUGCUCAGGAGCGUCUGGCCACAGCUCUGACCAAGCUGGAGGAGGCUGAGAAGGCUGCUGAUGAGAGCGAGAGAGGCAUGAAGGUCAUUGAGAACAGGGCAAUGAAGGACGAGGAGAAGAUGGAGCUGCAGGAGAUCCAGCUGAAGGAGGCCAAACACAUUGCUGAGGAGGCUGACCGCAAAUACGAGGAGGUGGCCCGUAAACUGGUGAUCAUUGAGGGUGACUUGGAACGUACAGAAGAGCGCGCUGAGCUGUCUGAAGGCAAAUGCUCUGAGCUUGAGGAGGAGCUGAAAACUGUGCAGAACAACCUGAAGUCUCUGGAGGCCCAAGCAGAAAAGUACUCACAGAAGGAGGACAAGUACGAGGAGGAGAUCAAGGUUUUGACAGACAAGCUGAAGGAGGCUGAGACCCGUGCCGAGUUCGCUGAGAGAUCAGUCGCCAAGCUGGAGAAGACCAUUGAUGAUCUUGAGGAUCACCUGUACAAGCAGCUUGAGAAAAACCGUCUUCUGACCAAUGAACUGAGAGUAGCACUAAAUGAGGCGUAAAGUGGACGUGGUUCUCGUAUGCUUUAAUUUCUCUGAAAUUCCGAUCACCAGGAAUGUUGUACUGUUUAUUUAAAGAAGUAUACACAGCAAGUACACAAAACAAGUUAUGCUUUCAAAAAGUGGGAAUAUAAGUGAGAGAUUUUCACAUGCAUGUUCAACUAACUGCUUCAAGUGGGAGGGUCAGACAGCCGCAGGCUAGGAAAAGGUGUGAAAUGGAUUUGACAUAUUAUCUCAGUUAUUGUCAGGGCUGCAUAACAUAAAUCUGGUCUGGAAUACGUGCUUCUGUCCAUGAGAAUGAGGGCUGGUGAGGAUUCUCAAGGUUUGGGAAAUCUUAAAAUAUUUCAAUGAACUACGGUCAUAUUUUUAACAAAUGCCAUCAAUUAUGAACCAAAAAUUGUUCAACUUUAAUCCAGAUUUUCCCUUUUGCACUUGGGUGGGAUGGAUGUUUGGAGGGAUACAUAGUUAUUAUUUGUAGCAUUUCAGUGAUACUGACAUUCACAUCUCAGUUAUGAGUUGCAAUAAUUAUUUAUACAACACCAAUUUAUAACAGCUGUUGCCCAAAGCACUUAAUAGUGUUAUGUAAAGCCCCUACAAGAUUGGAGAACCCCCAACAAUCAGACGACCCUCUAAGAGCAAGCACAGCGACAAUUGUAAGGAAGAUCUGCCUUUUAACAGGGAAAUAUCAGGAAGAAGCUGGCUCAGGGAGGAUCAGUCGUCUACUGUGACCGGUUGGGCAGUGAGGGGAAAGAUGAGGAAGAGCAUAAAGAGAUGAAGACAAAAUACACUGUGGUAGACAUGAAACAAAAAUUGGCAUGCAGAAGUGGCAUGUAAAUGCAUCAGGGGUAAUCUAUAUUAAAAAGUAAAGUUUUAAGUGUAAUCUUCUAAAAGUAGAGAGAGCGUUUGUUUCCCAAACCCCAACUGGGAGCUUGUUUGAGAGCAGAGGAGCCCGAUAGCAAACGGCUCUGCCUCCUAUUCUACUGUUGGAAACUCUGAGCACCACAAGUAAGCCUGCAGUCUGAGAGCAAAGUGCUCCAUUAGGAUAUGUGUUUAAGAUGAGGUGUUUAAGAUGUCACCUAAAUCAUCGUACAAAUACUUGCCAGUUGUCCAGUUUGGGAAAUGAUAUCGGUAGAGAUAUCUGCCUACUCCAUGAAUAUAGUUUAUAUAUUGUGUCCAGUAAUUGGGUUGUGACUUUGGGAAAGAAACAUUGCAGCUGAGUUUUUCAAAUGUAUUUUUGGGGCACUUUAAGCACCACAAGGCAAGCAAUAUUUAGUUUCAUUAUAUAUCUUCAGCACUUAACAACUUAAACCAACAGUGUAAAUGGAUAAAAGCACUGCAAUCUAGAGGAAAAAUAUGCAGUUUUAUUUUGGGUGAACUGUUCCUUAAGGCUUGAGGCAGGAGGAGAUUGUACCAUUUCACCUGUAGCAACAAGGAUUCAGCAUUGGCCACUGGUGAUAAGGAAGAUGUGCCUAAAUAGACUAAAGAGCAGCCUGUUUGAACCCCUCUGAAAGCUGUCAGUGCUGUGUUUGUCUAACUAAAUGAAAGAAGAAAAAAGAUACAGAAUGUGCAAAUACAAUAAAGGCACAAUUGUAUUGGUGUAGUUGUGGGAGGAAAUAAUUAAUGCAUAAAGUUGAGGUCUAAGUUUUUGCCUCAAAAGUGCUAGGAAUCCAUAAAUCCACUGCCAAACCAGACUUGAACAAAAAAAACAAACAAAAACAGAAAAACAAGGUCAAAGCCUUUUUCUGUUCAUAAAUGCAGCUCAUCCAGUCUUGAGCACAGCCCUGUCAAUAGCGUGAGCUUUAAGUAUUUAUAGAACUUGUGCAGUUGGCUCACGGUAUCUUAAAAUAAGUUAAGGAUAUAUACUCUGCUAAAAAAAAAAAAAAAAAAUGCCGACCUCUUACUGAAAAAUAUUCUGAGGUUUGUAACGAUACUCAUCAUUUGUUUCUCACUGUUACUGGGCUAAAACACUUUGUCUGAUUAUAUUCUGUGCA